UUUAUAAUCUGGGCCGACGGUUGGUAGUUGUAGAAAUCGUUGAUGCGUCGUUCCAAUUCCAUUGCUGCUGGAGUGAACUACUACGCUUCCGCUAACUCAGCGAAAAAUCCUGCAAAAACCACCAAGCUCUCUCUCUCCCGGCAACUACACGCCCAGAUCACCGUCCAUGCACUUCGCCCAUCGCUUCUCUGCGGUUCCAAGCUCUUCAAUUGCUGCGUCCAAGUGGGUUCUUUCCGUUUCGCCACCAAAACUUCCGAUUCCAUCGCCGUCAAGAACCUCCAUUCAUGGAACGCCAUAAGCUCAGCCUUCUUCAAAAACAAUGAUUUUUCCCAGGUUCUAAGGUCAUUUAGACAUAUGCGCACCGCUGGUUGUUCCGUCGACAGUUUCAACUUGACAUUUGCAAUCAAGGCGUCCGUGCGAUUAUCGCGUUUGCAAGAUGGAAAUUUGCUUCAUGGUUUGGCAAUUAAAUCGGGACUAGAGAGGGACCCUUAUGUUGUGCCUGCACUAAUAGGCGUGUAUACGGAGUUGGGUUCUUUGGGAGACGCACAGAAGCUGUUUGAAGGAGUUUCUGAGUGGAAUGGAGUUAUUUGGGGUGCUUUGAUGAAAGGCUAUCUUAAGUCUCCAAAUCCCGCCAACGUUUUUGAGCUGCUUUCCGAUAUGAGAACCUCUGGUUUUCAGUUGGAUCCCUUUACAUCUGAAUGUUUGGUUCGGGCUUGUGGAUAUAUUUCUGCUUGCAAAGAAGGGAAAUCUGUUCAUGCUUUUUGUAUAAAACAAAACUUCACCAAUUCCAACAUUUAUUUACUGACAUGUCUUCUUGAUAUGUACUUGAAGUUAGGCUUGCUGGAUGCUGGGCUCAAAUUAUUCAAAGAGGUACCGAGAAAAGAUGUUGUUUUAUGGACUACGUUAAUUUCUGGACUUGCAAAGAAUGGCAGGGCUUGGGAAGCUGUCAACUUGUUCAGACAGAUGCUGAGGGAUUCAAUAGUUCCAAAUCGAAUCACACUAGCCAGCAUUGUUCUUGCUUGUUCCCACACGGGAUCUCUGCAGCAAGGAAAGAGUGUUCAUGGUUACAUGAUAAGGAAUGGUGUUGAGUUGGAUGUAGUGAAUUACACCUCUCUCGUUGACAUGUAUGCUAACUGUGGUUCAAUUGUCCCUGCUUAUGCAGUUUUUAAGGAGAUGCCCAUCAAAAAUGUAUUUUCUUGGAGUGCCAUGGUCAAUGGAUUUGGAAUGCAUGGCCUCUGCGAGGAAGCACUUGCUCUUUUUGAUCAAAUGAGGUCAGAUAAGCAGUUGCCGAACCCGAUUACAUUUGUUUCAGUUCUGUCAGCUUGUAGCCAUUCUGGAAAAGUUGAAGAAGGUUGGACCUAUUUUAAAUCCAUGAGUAGAGAUUAUGGACUUACUCCAAUGGCAGAGCAUUUUGCAUGCAUGAUAGAUCUGUUAGGUAGGGCUGGGAAAAUAGAUGAAGCUUUAUCCUUCAUAAAUGACAUGACCUGGGAGCCUGGAGCUAGUGCCUGGGGUGCCCUAUUGUCCGCAUGUAGAAUUCAUAAGCGGGUUGAAUUAGCAGAACAAGUGGCUGAGAGACUCCUUCCUCUAGAGCCUGAUAAAUCUUCUGUUUACAUUUCACUUAGUAAUAUUUAUGGCGAUGCUGGAAUGUGGGAUAUGGUGAAGAAGAUGAGAUUAAAAAUUGGUGAGAAUGGACUUCACAAGAGUGUUGGUUUUACCUCGAUUGAAGUUGAUAAGAAGUUACAUUUCUUUAGUUCCGAGAAUAGAUACAAGGACGCACAAGUUCAGGCUGUCUGGACUUCUCUUCAAGAGCAAAUGAGAGAAUUUGGCUAUGAGCAUUAUGUUAGCUUUGUUCAUUAUGAGGGGGAUGAUGAAGUGGAGGAGGAAAUUCUGUCUGGCAUGAGAAAUUAGCAAUCAUUUCAUCUUCUGAAAAAUGGAGAAAGAAUGCCCAUCAGAAUUACAAUGAACUCAAAAGUUUGAGUGAUAGUCAUGCAAUGAUUAAAAUUCAUUACUUGAUUAGGAGGCAAAUUAUAAUGAGGGAUGCCAAGAGAUUUCACCAUGUCAAAUAUGGUUGUUUUCAUGUGGAGAUUAGUUGUGAUGAGGAACCGGUUACUGAAACAUCAGAAGUCCAUGAAACUAAUCCAUAUGACUUGUGAACUUCUCCAAGGUAAGGAAGUCCCCUCCCCACACAGUGAUCUGCUAUUUAGUCUAGAUAGGGCAUCUGAGUGCAUGAGACUCCCUACUUUGCAAAUGUAAGUGUAUUACUAUGCUACCUUCACCUUUUUGUUAAUUUCUAUAGAACUU